AGAACGCAUUACGUUCAAUACAUACUACGUGAGGAAGCCGCCGCCGUGCGUUACGUGCGUGUGACGUCACCAGACGCCAUUCGGAACUAGCCGCAACCAUUUUUAAAGUGGCACAGACAGAAUGCGGGUGAAUGUGCAGCUGUGGCUGUUGUACUUCUUGCUCUUUAUGUCGUGGGCCCGAGGGAACCAACAAAAUGAGAAUUCUGUUGUAGAAGGGGACAAUAAAAAGGAGGACACUGUUCGUUUAGAGCCGGCGCCUUCAUCUGAAAAUGCAGCAGCCUCGGAGCCUGUUCAGUACAAGACUGCGGAGAUUGCUGACGCAAUGCAGGCAACAGACAUUCCAACCAACCCUGCAGUGCUGCUUUCUAUGGUUCCUAGAGAGGUGAUGGACUUCAAAGUAACAGAAGUUUGCGACAGCAUUAAAGACAAAGCCGCAUGCAGUUAUUAUAAACAUUUGGCAUUUGUGAAUGAACCUACAGAUGCACAAGAUAAAGCAAAGAGUGAAACUAAUGAGCAGGGUACAGAGCAGGCAAAGACUGCGGAAGCCAACAGCACAGACAGCAGCAAAGCUCUAAAAGUCAACUGUGAAGAGCGUAACAUUACGGGAAUAUCAAAUUUUACUGUGAAAAUUCUCAACAUUACACAGGAUCUAAUGGAAUUCCUUAAUCCUAAUAGCAGUGAAUGUACAUUGGUUUUGUUCUACACCCCUUGGUGUCGCUUUUCUGCAGGCCUGGCCCCUCAUUUCAAUACUCUGCCAAGGGCAUUUCCUACUUUACAUUUUUUGGCAUUAGAUGCUUCUCAACACAGUAGCCUUUCAACUCGAUUCGGCACAGUAGCAGUUCCUAAUAUCCUGCUAUUUCAAGGUGCCAAACCUAUGGCAAGAUUUAAUCACACCGAUCGGAAGCUGGAAGCUCUCAAGUCUUUUAUAUUUAACCAGUCAGGUAUUGAAGCAGUGCCUGGGGUGGUAGUCACUGAAGAUGACUGUGAGAGUCCAUUACCCUGUGCUCCAACUGUAGGAAUUGAUUGGCUUCUUGUAUUCUCUGUGAUCUAUGUCACCAUUUUUAUUGUAUAUGCCACUAUGCAGACGGAAAGUAUUCGUUGGCUUAUUCCUGGGCAAGAGCACGAGCAUCAAGAAUGAAAUGCUCCCAGACCAUUGCCAUACAAAGAAACAGGAUGCAUGAGGUCUGAGAACCCAACUUUGCUGCACAGACCAGGUUUUUAUGGUGAUCUGACCCAAAAGGCAUGUGAUUCGAGUUAUGGUUUCUGAGGUUAUCAGAAAUUAUAUCUGCUCACUCCCAACAAAUUAAAAACAUGACUUUCCUUCUGUUUUUUAUAAUUUCACAAAUUCAUACAGACGUUGCUGAAAAUGGCUAUAAGCACGUGGAUAAAUAUAAUCAGUUUACAUCUGGUAUAAGCCAUGGAGGGAAGUGAUAAAUAUUCACAUAACUUGUGAGAUGGUUGAUUUUCCAUAAAGGGAGGUUGUUAAAGUGGAAUGAGGGGCUUUAAGAAAAAGAGUAUCUUCCUGAUGAUGCAUGGUAGCCAUGCACGGCAUAAUUGUUUGACAGGUUCAGUGUUCCUUAUUUCAGUUAAUGCAGCAAAUAGUUUUUCCACUGUGUGCAAAUUAUUUUCUAAAGUUCAGCAGUGGCAACAAAGCAUAUUGAUGCAUCUAUCAUUUAAAUAAACAUUUUGCUAUAUAAAAUAUAUGUUUUUAAUAAACAUUCUUGGCUAAAAUAAACAGGAGAGGAAUUGCUCCCCUUACGGCUGAUACAAGCACAUAUUAGUGUUGGGCUCCAAGUUAGAAAUCCCUUAUACUGGAGAUAUGGAACUCUGAUCUGUUGCAAGAUUGGAGACAAGUCCUGUGGCUCCGCCAUAGAAUAUUCAGGGAUCUCUGGGGUUUCUCCAAGUCCACCAAUAGUUUAAUACAUCUGAAAGCAUAAUGUAGGCAUAUGAACAGUUCAGAAAAUGUCUUUCUGGAAUCUUUUUCUAUAAAAAAGUCUGAGCAUUUUUGGGCCAAAAAUGUUGGUAAUGUUAUUAGCCUUAUGAACUGGGUGUUUAUUUUGCAAUAAGCUUUACAGGAAAGGUAGACAUAAAAUAAGUACAAUAUAGAGCUGAUCAAUAAUGCAAAAGGAUUUGCAGUCUUAAACCUGUUGUCAUCUGUUAGCUUGCCAUCUAUGUCUUAGCAGCGAUAAAGUGACAUCUGAGUUGUUGCUUGGCAUAGGGUUAGCGUCAGAAUCAGUUACUACUUAGAAAUACUGUCUUUACAUUAUAGCUUCACAUACAAUGACCGUUGCUGUUCAUUGCUUUCUACUCUUCUAUAGAUGUUAACAUUUCUCAUAAAAUGUUACAGUUACUGCCAAGAAAUAUUCUGUUUGCACCAGCUGGACAAACAGAAAUAAUAUACAUGAAAGAAAGUAUUUACUUAUGGUGUUAUUUGCCCUUGAAUUCUAAUCCUUUUUUGCCCGUGUACUACUUAAAAUAUUCUUGUUAAUACCAUGAAUGUACAUUAUUCUCUAAUUUAGAGAAUGCCUGGGACCCUUCAGUUGCUAAAUACAAUAAAGAAAAAUGCCCCUAUACUUCUAGACUGAAAACUGUGCAGUUUUUAGCACAUUGUCUGGAUCUCAUCUCAGUCGCUGGAGUUUUAAAUGUAACUUUUAUUUUAUUCCUGCCUAUUUGGUCUGACACCUUAUCUUGUCUGUAAAUUAUUUAUUUGUAAAUAAAUAAAUUUAUAACUAA